AACCUUUGAGGAGGUCCUCCUCUUCCCUGGCCAUAACCAUUAUAAAUAGCCCUUGCCACCUCCAAAUCUUUAUUCCGGCGUCCCUCAUCCCUCCUCCGUUAUCCCCACCCUAACAGUAUAACCAAACGAUAAUAAUCCGGUCCAACGUCUCCCAAGAGUUAGCUUUCGGAACCCGAGCUAUCCUUCUGGUUCCACCAAAUAUCUCACGGCAUAAACCCUCCAUUCCUUGACGUUAUCGUGAAUAUUCCUUCCCUCCUUUCCUUCGCUCCCCUUUAAAUUAAAUCCUUUCGUCCACUCUCGAAUCGUCGUCGACUCCACCAACAAAUCCCCCAAAACCAAACCCUCUGAUCCAAAUUUUAUAACACCAAUGGCGUGACGAAAGAUGAUUGCCCGAUUAUCUUCCACGACAACUUUAUACUCACCGAAGAGGAUGGAAAUAUAUAUGAGAAGCGUGUGACUGAUCUUACCUUGGAUGAAUUCCUCUCUUAUGGGCCUCAGAGAGAGUCUGGUAAUGUGGGAAAACCAUUACUCAGAAAGACCAAGGAUGGGAGGGUGUUCAGUUGGAAUGUGGAAGUGGAUGACCCUCUCUGCACGUUGGAAGAAGUAUUUCAGAGGGUUGAUUCCCAUCUUGGAUUCAACAUUGAGUUGAAAUUUGAUGACAAUCUUGUCUACCAAGAAGAACAGCUCGCUCACAUUCUCCAACUAAUUUUACAGGUGGUCUACAAGUAUGCAAAGGAGAGACCAAUAAUCUUCUCUAGCUUCCAACCUGAUGCAGCACAAUUAAUUAGGAAAUUGCAGGGCACUUACCCUGUGUUUUUCCUUACAAAUGGUGGAUCAGAGAUCUACACUGAUGUGAGGAGGAAUUCUUUGGAUGAGGCCAUUAAGUUGUGCUUGGCAGGUGGCCUGCAAGGGAUAGUGUCUGAAGUUAAAGCCAUCUUUAGAAAUCCAUCCUUGAUUCCUAGAAUAAAAGAAUCCAAUCUGGCCCUCUUGACUUAUGGUCAACUAAAUAAUGUUCCAGAGGCAGUAUAUAUGCAGCAUCUGAUGGGAAUUAAUGGUGUUAUUGUUGACUUGGUUCAAGAGAUCACUGAAGCUGUUUCAGAUUUCAUUAACCCGGAGAAGAUAGGAGAUGAAAGCAUGUCUAAUUCAGUGAGGAAGGGGAAGGGGAAGGGGAAGGCGAAGGAGGCAACAAAGCCAGAGUUCUCGCAGCGCGAGCUUUCCUUUUUGAUGAGGCUCAUACCUGAAUUGGUGCAACAAUAGUCAGACAAUGUUGUUGUUGUUGUUGUUGUAUAGAGUUCUAUCGUAUGUGCAAAUAAUUUGAGGACCAGACCUGCUUCCACUGUAAACAGAAUUUACAACCAAGGAUUUUAUGCUGAGCCUCUUAUUUCUUCCUCUGUUUCUGGUAUUAUGGUGGAAGGAUUCUGGAGCAGAACAGGUUAAGACUUUAGUGAGUGUUGUGGAUGGCUAACCUUGCAGCGGCUGUUAAUAGUGCUUUUAUGGCUUGAACAAAUACUUUCCCACGGAGUUAUCCAAUAUGUCAUUGUAUUUUAGUUUGCCA